AUGUAUCUUCUUGGUUCAGUGUUACACCAGUCGUUUCAGAAAUUAGCAUUGCGCUAUGGACCAUUCAUGUUGAUCCGUGCUGGUGCAUCAUCAUCAUAUAUAGUGUCGAACGGUGCCAUAACAAAAGAAAUUUUUAAGACCAAUGAUAUCAAUUUUGCUGCUAGGCCAGAAUUUGGCUCUUCAGAGUACCAAAUUACAAAGACACCUUGUUUUCCACUUUGGACUAUAGCAAGAACUGAUACAACAAGUGUUGCUUUGCAAUGGGCGCUCGCGGAGCUGCUAAACCAUCCAAAAGCCAUAAAGAAGCUACAGCAAGAGAUUGACAGAAUAGUUGGGGUAAAAAACAGAUUGGCUGAGGAUUUAGAUAUACAAAAUCUCCCUUAUCUACAAGCUGUUGUCAAGGAAACUCUAAGGUUACAUCCUUCAUUGCCCUUAGUGUUCCGAAAAUGCAGGGAAGAUUGUGAGAUCAAUGGAUACAAAAUACUUAAAGAUUCUAGGCUUGUAGUCAACCUUUACGCAGUUAAUAGGGACUCAAAUGUAUGGGCUGAUGCAGAUGAUUUUGUACCAAAGAGAUAUCUUAACUUAAACGAGAACCUUGCUAUCGAGCCUGAUGAAUUGGAGGCCAUUAAAGAAGACCAGAACUUCUGUUAUAUGCCAUUUGGUGGGAGAAGGAGAGGAUGCCCCGGUGCUGGACUUGCUGCAGCAGUAUUGCAUAGGACACUUGUGCAAUGA